AUGGUGCCAACGACACGAUCCAAAACUCGCGAAGAAGCGAAGCGAUGCUCUCUUCUUGAGCUUCCAGCAGAACUUCGUAACAGAAUCUAUGACUACACCUUGUUCAAGCAGGACAACCUUAGGAUCGAAAGCCAUCCAAAGUCUGCCCUGACCAGCAGCUUUACGUUUCGAGGUAGACCGACGAUUUCAACUCCUGAUGAUCAUAAAGACUACUUAGACGAAGUCGUCGAAUCCCGGAAAGUCUUGUUGGGUGAACCAGCGCUGCUCAGAGUCAACCGUCAAGUUCGAAACAAAACCAUGACGAUGCACUACAGCCGCACCACAUUCAUCGCCAGUGAUGAGCAGGUCCUUCAUGGCUGGCUUCAUCUUCUGGGACCGCAGAGGCGUGACAUGAUUCGACGCUGCGUUCUCGAUGUCGAUUGCUGGAAUUAUAGGAUCGGUCUUGCGUGGACGACAAACCUGUUGAGUAGUCUGAACAGCCGACUUCUAAGCUUGGAUUUCGAUAUACCGGAACGCGUGCUGAAGCUGGGAUUGCUGGACCGUGCUCCCAAGAGGGCCCGUGGUCGUUCUAAGCGGCUCGAUACUGUCAUCGGCAUUCGUCUGUUGGCGGGAGACGACUAUGAGAAGCACAUUCUGCUUUUUGCCAUUCGGCAUCAGCUCGCUGCGUUGUCAAAUGAGCAAUUGUACCUAUUCCUGCCCAUACGUGCCGGGUUUGGCUAA